AUGGAGCUGCAGAUGCCCGACGGCCGCGUCUACACGGGCAAAGUCCGAAAUGGCAAGCCUCACGGUCGAGGCGUCAUGCGAUGGAAGGAUGGCACCAGAUACGAAGGCAAGUGGAAGGAAGGCCAGGCGCACGGGCGUGGCACCAUGAUCCACGCGAGGGGUGACCGCUAUGAGGGCGAGUGCAAGGACGGCAAGUUUCAUGGCGAGGGCACCUACACGUGGGCCGUUGGCAACACCUACAAGGGCGAAUGGCGCAACGACAAGGGGCACGGACAGGGCGUCUACGUCUGGGCCGAUGGACGAAGAUAUGAAGGCGAGUGGCGCAAUGGCAAGUACCAUGGCGAGGGCACCUACACUUGGCCUGACGGACGAAUCUAUGUGGGCGAGUGGAAGCGAGGCAAGUAUCACGGAAGUGGUGUGAUGACGUGGCCCGACGGCCGGAAGUACGAAGGAGAAUGGAGGAACGGCAAGAAGGAAGGCCAGGGCACGUACACCUGGUACGACGAGAUGGGUCGCCAGUGCAAGUACGAGGGAGAGUGGAAGGAGGACGUCAAGCAGGGCCGCGGCACCCUCCACUUCGGUAACGGAACGAAGCACACGGGUGAGUGGAAGGCGAACAAGGCUCACGGGCAAGGCACCAAGACGUGGCCCAGCGGGUCUCGCUACGAGGGCGAUUGGAAGGAUGCCAAAGCCUGCGGCAAGGGCCUGUUCGUCUGGAGCUUCGGUGACCGCUACGAAGGCGACUACCGCAAUGGCAAGCCCAACGGCAAGGGCACCUACUACUGGAAGGACGGUAGCAAGUACGAGGGAGAGUGGCGCCACGGCAAGAAGCACGGCAAGGGCAAGUUCACCUGGCCCGAGGGAGAGAGCUACGAGGGCGACUUCCACCAGGGCAGCCAGGAGGGCUUCGGCAAGUACACCUGGGCCUCAGGCAGCUACUACGAGGGCGAGUGCAAGAACGGCAAGUCACACGGUAAGGGCACCUACGUCAGCAAGGACGGCGAGAUCGUCCAUGGGUGGUGGAACGACGGCGAGCUCUCGGUCCAGCUCGACAGCCUCCACAUCGACGGCGCCAAGCCCGCCACCAUCUCCUACGCCGACAAGGUCGACCUCGGCUCCGACGACGAACUCACUCAGAAGCAGCUGCCCCCUAAGAUGCAAGCCGCCGGCGGAGGCCUGGACUAG